CCUUCUUUCACUUCCUCAUCGUCGACUCCUCUGGUCCAUUAAAGGACCUCAACAAGUGGCGACCAGAACAGGAGCUUGGUACAUGUGGCGGAUUCGGACAGAGUGACCCCAGGGCCUAUUGAGGCCGUAUAUUCAUCUGUGGCCAGAAGAACACAAGAGAAAAUCAGCAUGAGUACUACAGGGAAAGUUAUCAGGUGCAGAGCAGCCAUAGUCUGGAAGCCUGGUGGAUCAUUUUCCAUUGAGGAGGUAGAAGUGGCUCCACCAAAGGCAAAAGAAGUUCGCAUAAAGAUGGUGGCCACUGCGCUCUGUGGGACUGAGAUGAAAAUAUUGAAGGAUAGAAAUCUUCAGCACCAACACUACCCUAUCAUUAUGGGCCAUGAAGGAGCUGGAAUAGUCGAGAGUGUGGGAGAAGGAGUGAGCACAGUGAAAGCAGGAGAUAAAGUUAUCGCACUCUUUCUACCACAAUGUGGAGAAUGCACCUCUUGCCUUAAUUCUGCAGACAAUCUUUGUAUAAAAUUCAAACAGGGAGAAACCCACCUGAUGUCUGAUGGUACCAGUAGAUUUACCUGCAAGGGAAAACCAGUAUACCACUUUGGGAAUACAAGCACCUUCUCUGAAUACACAGUAAUGAAUGAAAUCUCAGUCGCCAAGAUCGAUGCAGCUGCACCUCUGGAGAAAGUAUUCUUAGUUAGCUGUGGUUUUUCUACUGGGUAUGGUGGUGCAAUCAAUACUGCCAAGGUGACCCCAGGCUCCACUUGUGCUGUGUUUGGCCUGGGAGGAGUUGGCCUGUCUGUUAUCAUGGGCUGCAAAGCAGCUGGAGCAACCAGGAUCAUUGCAGUGGACAUCAACAAAGACAAAUUUGAGAAGGCAAAGGAAGUGGGUGCCACUGAGUGCAUCAACCCACAGGACUAUGGGAAACCCAUCCAAGAAGUUUUAUUUGACCUGACAGGUGAUGGUGUGGACUUUAGCUUUGAGGUCAUUGGAAAUCCAGAAACUGUGGCAGCUGCCUUGGCCUCCUGCCGUGAGAGCCAUGGGGUCUGCGUGAUUAUUGGGUUAAUCGUUGGUGUCCAACUCAACAUCAGUGGCCACUUGUUCUUCUCAGGACGUUCUUUAAAGGGAUCUGUUUAUGGAGGCUGGAAAGGCAGAGAUGGUGCCUCUAAACUGGUUUCUGAUUAUAUGGCAAAGAAGAUUAACCUAGAUGCACUAAUUACCCAUACUCUGAAUCUUGACAAAAUCAAUGAAGCAGUUGAAUUAAUGAAAACUGGAAAAUGCAUCCGCUGUGCCCUGUUACUUUAAGUAUGAUGCUCACCAACUAAAUACCAUUUGCAUAAUUUCACGGUUUAGAAGAAUUAUCCACACGAUGCUGUUUCUGUCUGCUUGCCUCUGAGUCAUUUAACAAUGGGCUCAUACCCAGCUUCUACUGUCACCACUUCAUUGCCAUUGUUCUCACGUGACCAAGUGUCACCCAGAAACAUCCUCCCUUUCAGAGCUAGGUUAAGGUUGAUUUGAAUCACCCAAUCCUAGACCCUUCAAAUAAACAAAAAUCACCCAGGAUACUCCCA